UCGUCAUUGAGCCUGAAAAUGGAGAUAUGGAGAACUAAAAGCAUGAAUAAGCGUCUGAGUGUUGUCCUAGUUACAAUCUGGUUCCUGUCCUGCCUGCCUUCCAGCUGCCUGCCUUCCAGCUGCCUGCCUUCCAGCUGCCUGCCUUCCAGCUGCCUGCCUUCCAGACAGCCAAACUCAGUGCCAUACUCGGUAUGUCCGGUAUUCGAUGGGGAGUCCUUAUUCAUAAAAAUUCUUGUUAACCAGUGUCCUGAGUCUGAGAUCAGUUUUCGCACCCAGCGAAAAGGCAGUGUGUUCACGUAUGACAAGGAGAAGGACAUGUGUACUGUGGAGCCACGUUAUCGGGACAGGAUCCAAAUGAAGAAUGACUCCAACGGCCGUAUUUUUGAAUUUCGCAAUGUAACCAAAGAAGAUAUGGAUGAAAUAUAUGUGAUCUAUGCUUCCAAUACACCCCAUCAGAGAUUUGUAAUUACAAGGAGUACUGAGAGUUCAACCACCGCAGCAGCCCCCCAACCAUCUUCAACCACACCAGGUCCAUCUGUGGUACAUGGUCAUACUGGUUUGCUAAUAUCAAGAAUACUGGUACUAUGUGUGGUACUGGUAAUGGUACUGGUAUGGCUAUGGGUCAAGAAUCAUAAAAACAGUAAGACGAAGCACCUGGACAUGGAAGCAAAUCAGCAGAACGUUGAAAAUGAACGCCGUCUGCAUCUCUACGUGCCUGGCAGACAUCUCGGCUUGGAUGUCGGCCCACCACCUCAACAAGACGGAUCUGCUCUUCUUCCCGGGGAAGGCUCCAAGACCUCCAUCAAUUGACUACUCCACGGUGUCCCCCUCCCAUGUAAAUUAAUAAGCUGUUUACCCUGUCACAAUCGUCGCCUCCAUUCACUUCCAUUGAUUGUUAGCUUGUGGUGGCUAAAUUAGUUGAAUUUUGUAGUGGCUGUUUAAAGAACUGAACAAUGGAUUACCAUUUCUGCUGACCCAUAGACUACUUUCAGUGUGAAGGACCCAUCUAACAAUACAUUGUAAAAUCCUGAACUUACCCUUUAAACCCUCAGCCUUACUGGCUAUAUAACAUUUAUUUUUCUUCAUCGACCUUGCAUAACCUUUAAAUAUACUUUCAAGUGUUACUUAAGUAGUUUUUUUUGGUAUCUGUACUUUACUUUACUAUUUUUAUUUUUGACUAGUUUUACUU